AUGUCAUACCUGAAAGUAACAAUGAGAUGGAACAUCCUUUGCAUAUCCCUGGUGUUCCUUUCACUGCCUUUGAUUCAAGAAGUGUCUUCUCAAGGACCCUCCUGUGAAGGACGGUGCUUCGAGGCCUUCGAGAGAGGAAGAGAGUGCGACUGCGAUGCCGACUGCGAGCGCUACGGCAAAUGCUGCCCGGACUAUGCCAAGCACUGCAAAGAGGCACACACAGAAAAGCCAAGCCCGGAGACGCCCCCAGAAAACAAAUCAACGUCUAAAAGGUCAUCCACCGAUGAGGAAAAGCUGCCAGAGGAAGCCGUGGAAGAUCCUGGCACUGGACUGGAAAACCCAGAGACCACUCCUGCUCCAACUACAGAAGCAGCAGAGACAACCCCUGCAGCCACAGAGCCACCGACAACCCAGACAGAUCCCUCCACCACACCACAGGGAGCCGACCCCACCCCAGAUGCCACAGAGGAACCAGCGACUGAAGAACUGCCCAGCACAGAGAAACCAGAAGAUGUGACCCCAGAUGCCACAGAGGAACCAGCGACUGAAGGGGACUCUACCAACAUCCCCCCAACAGAAGACACAACCCCUGAGGCCACUGAGGCACCAACAACUGAGGCUGAAUCUCCCACCACCCCAAAACCUGAGGAAACAACCCCUGAGGCCACUGAGGCACCAACAACUGAGGCUGAAUCUCCCACCACCCCAAAACCUGAGGAAAAUACCACAGCCGAGAUCAAGGAGGUGACGACACCCAAGAAAGACAGAACUACUCUGCUUAAAGACAUUUUAACAGCAGCAAUUGGGAAAGACACGGCUACUGUGGCUGUGGUGACAACAGCUAAGCCAGGUGACUCUCCUGAAGGUAUGGAUGACAUUCCAGAUGCAGCCAAGCAACCUGUCCCUGCAGCAGCUGCAUCAGAAGCAACGACAGCAGCCACAGCUCCCUUGCCCAAGCCCACAGCCACCAAAGCAGAGUCAACUCCUGAACCCAGCAAGGUUGUAACACCCAGUGAAAAAGAGACAAGUACAGAAACGGAGCAGGCUGCAGCAGCUACAGAGAGCACAGGGUCUACUUGUGUGGUGGUGAUGACAACAGCUGGCAAAAAAGAGGUGACGACCCCCAAAGAAGUGAGCACCACACCUGCCAGAGAACUGGCAGAGGUCACUGAAAAGGCCCCUGGCACUGACAAAGCAGAGGCAACUACAGUUGCCAAAGAAACCACUACCAGGGAUAAAAAAGACACGAUUGAAGAAAUGUAUCUUGUUUCUAACGGCACAUCCAAGCCAACAAUACAUUUCCACGAGGUCACUGAGAGCAGAGAGGAUCCUCACCCAGCUGAUCCCGAAACCCUGCCAGUGAAAGAACCUGAGAUAAACAAGCCUUUAAUACCAGGUGGGGACCUGCCAAUGUUACCUGGAGAAACACAAGUGCCCAGCCACAACCACGGCACUACAGCUGCCGCUGUCCUGCAUGGCCCCCUGUACUGGCGUUUCACUAAUGGAGUUAUGGAUCCAGGCUAUCCCAAACCUCUUGCCAAUGGAUUUGCAGGACUAAGUGGGAAAAUAGUAGCAACACUACCCGUGGCAAGAUACAACAACAGACCAGAAUCUGUUUAUUUCAUCAAGAGAGAUGGGAACAUGCAGCAGUAUGUGUACAGACAAGAACCAGCCAAGAAGUGUCAGAGGAGAGCACGGAUUACCAUCAGAUACCCAGCUUUUGUGCCAAGAGUUGUCAUCCGGAGGCGCUUCCAGCGUGCCGUGCAAAUGCCGACCGUCAUCCGGACCGUCAGAGUCAACCCGCACCCAUCUGGAGUUCUGCGUAAGGAAAUCCAAAUGACAACCUACUGGAGAGGCCUCCCCAAAGUUAUCCACUCAACUCUUUCCAUCCCCAACCAGAACAAGCCUGACGGCUAUGAUUACUAUGCCUUCUCUUACAAUCGGUACUACAGUUUGGAUAUCAGCAAAAGAAUAGCAAGGCCUGUUACUGCUCUCACAGGAAAGACUGUAUCCAAAGACUGGUACAACUGUCCCAGCAAGUGAUGCACAGCAGAGGAUUUUAAAAGAGAGAUGCCAUUUGAAUGUCAACAUUUUUUCUAAUUUUAUUAAUAAAAGACAAUGAAAUGUGUGCACACAACUCUAAGUAUGAAAUGCUGCUUUAAGCUCUGGCUUCAUUACACUAAAGCAACCACAGGCAAACUGGCACUUUGUAUACACAUCUGGAAUUACUUUACAGGUCAUUUAACUAAUGUUUCCUCUGUUCAGGCCUCCUCUGCCUCCCAUGGCGUGGGUUACACCUGUGUUGGGAAAGAAA